GUGUACAAAGUACAAUCUGAAGAAACCCUAACGAUAAAAUUCGCUUUCGAUUCGUCUCCUUCAGAUUGAUCAGCCUAUACGUACACGAAUCUAUUUAUAAGUCUGAAUUCAAAAAUGGUGGUUUUGGCAGUUAAACCUUUGUUUACCAUUCUAGUGGUCUCUCUUGCUCUCCUGCUCGCUGUCGUUUUGCUUUGGCCUCCUUCUCCGUUCUUUCAGAGCUCGCUUCCUUCCAAUUCACCAUUAGGGAAAUCGGACAUAUGGAGUAUCCGGAGGAUCGUUGAAUGGAGACCUUGCAAGUGGUGGCUACAAGGAGAUCUAAAUGUUCUGCCAGUGAAGAGUAAUGGAUAUAUUCGAGUGGAUUGCUAUGGUGGCCUCAAUCAGAUGCGAAGAGAUCUGUGUGAUGGUGUUGGUAUUGCCCGUCUUUUAAAUGCAACCCUGGUUUUGCCAAAGUUUGAAGUGGCUGCAUAUUGGAAUGAAUCGAGUGGCUUUGCAGAUGUAUUUGAUGUCGAAUACUUCAUUCAACAGAUGAAUGGCUUUAUUAAGGUUGUACAAGAGUUGCCACCAGAGAUUGCAUCAAAAGAGCCUUUUCGAGUAGACUGUAGCAAACGCAAAGGCCAAUUUGAUUACGUUGAAAGUGUUCUUCCAUCUUUAUUGGAACAUCACUAUAUUUCAUUUACACCAGCAAUGAGCCAAAGAAGAGACAGGUAUCCUCAGCAUGCCAAAGCUGCCCUUUGUCAAGCUUGUUACAAUGCAUUACGCCUCACUAGAUCCUUGGAGAAGAAAGCCUCUGAGCUUCUAGAAGCCAUACCCAAACCCUUUCUCUCACUUCACCUUCGCUUUGAACCUGACAUGGUAGCCUACAGCCAAUGUGAAUACUCUGGUAUUUCUUCUGCCUCUAUGAAUGCUGUUGAGGCGGCACGGGGAGAUAGAAAACCAUGGACUGGAGAGUUAGCCCGCAUUUGGAGAAAACGGGGGAAAUGCCCUCUUACCCCUAAUGAGACAGCCUUCAUACUUCAGGCACUUCAGAUACCAACAAACACAAAUAUAUAUCUGGCAGCUGGGGAUGGUCUGAUGGAACUUGAAGGUUUAACUUCUCUUUAUACCAAUGUAGUUACCAAGUCUAGCCUCCUUAACGGUGAGGAUUUCACAAGCAUGCAUGGGAACACAAAAGCUGCAUUGGAUUAUUAUGUGUCUAUUAACAGUGAUUCUUAUGUGGCAACAUAUUUUGGAAAUAUGGAUAAGAUGGUUGCAGCAAUGCGAGCUUUCAAGGGGUUGUACAAAACUCUCCUUUUAAGCAGAAGAGCUUUUGCAGAGUUCACUUCGCAGGGUUUUAGAGGGAAAGAUUUGAUGCAAGCCCUAUGGAAGGCACAUAGAGAUGAUUAUGCACUGGGGAGAGGAUCUGCUUUGCCCGACUGCUUUUGCGAGUUUAAAUUGUGAUUUUAGAUUUCAGAGGUCUCUCUUUCCAAUUUGUGAUUUGUUAAUUUUUUUUUUCAUUUUCUGUACGUGAUAUUAUUUAAAAAGAACUCUUUUAAAAUUACUGAUUUAGGUCUUCUGGGGAAGGUUUUGUGGGUAGGAUUAAGAUGUUCCCCCUAACAACUUGUUUUUACAAGGUAUUCUGCUUCCUAUAGCUUCUGUCCUCUUGUUCUCAUUAGGCUCAAUAAAGGCUUCUGCCAUACAUAAGUUGAUCAGUUCAC